AUGGCAACUCAAUUUCAGCAGGGAACAGAAAUACAACCGCAGCACGUCAAUCAAUCUCAACAGACUCAAACAAUUAGUUUAGUGACUCCAAGAAAAAAAGAAAAAAUAUUAUUACCAUGUAUGCAUUGCAAAGAUUCAUUUAGAACAGAAUGUCAAUUACAGGCCCACAUUAGAAAUAAACACAUCAAGCCAUAUAAAUGUGACAAUUGUUGGAAAGCAUUCUCAUUUGAAUCUCAGUUAAAAUUACACGUGACUACUCACACAGGUGAAAAGCCGUAUAAAUGUGACGUGUGUCCAAAAGCUUACGCUAGGAAAACAGCAUUAUUUAAUCACGUAAGAGUUCACGCGAGAAAGAAAUUUUUCAAAUGUUGCAAAUAUUGCGGUAAAGGAUUUAAAAACGAAGAAAAAUUAGAAAAACACGAAAGGAUGCAUUCAAUGGGAGAUGAAAGAAAGUACGUCGCGUUAGAAAUGUUUGUAGAUAACAAAUAA